AGUAAACGUGACAUUCUUUCUGAGACGGAUGGAGUAAUUAAACAAAAUUAAAGGAGGCUUAAUUUCACCCUCUCAUCAAUCAAUGGCUGUUCUUCUUCUCCACUCUUUUCUUCUGUCAAUCUUCAUCUGGUCAAUCCCAGUUGCCCCGGCCGUUGACCCCAUUUCCGAGUCACUCCUGGCCUUAAAAUCUCAGCUGAUUGAUGAUUCCAACGCUCUGGGUGACUGGGUUUUGCCCCCGGAAUUGAAUUCAUCGUCUGGGUUUCAGAGCUCAAGAAUCCAUGGAUGUCUCUGGUCUGGCGUCCGGUGCAACGAGAACUCAUCAAUGGUGGUCGGGUUGGACCUUUCCGGGAAGAAUCUCCGGGGGGUUUUUACCGAUGACCAAUUCGGGGCUUUUCUCGGCGUUCUUGAUCUGAAUCUCAGCUACAAUUUCUUCUCCGGGAAUCUCCCCUCUGGGGUUUUCAACCUCACCAGUCUCCGAUCACUGGACGUCAGCAGGAACAACUUUUCCGGCGAGUUCCCGGCGGGGAUCUCGAAUCUGGGGAGCCUGGAGAUUCUUGAUGCCCUCAGUAACAGCUUCUCCGGGAACUUACCUUCCGAAGUCUCAAAACUCCGUUCAUUAAAGAGAUUGAAUUUUGCAGGGAGCUUUUUCAGCGGCCCAAUCCCUUCCGAGUAUGGCUCGCUGGAGAAUAUCGAAUACAUCCAUUUGGCCGGAAAUUCUCUCGCCGGGAAAAUCCCACCUGAACUGGGAAAGCUCAAAUCUUUAACUCACAUGGAGAUAGGAUACAACUCAUACGAAGGAAUUAUCCCGUGGCAAUUGGGUAAUUUGAGUGAGAUUCAAUACCUGGACAUUUCUGGGGCCAAUCUCACCGGACCCAUUCCGAGAGAGUUCGGAAAUCUCACAAAACUAACUUCGCUCUUCAUGUUCGGUAACUUUCUUGAUGGAUUCAUCCCAGAAGAACUGGGAAGAAUCACUUCUCUCGAAAGCUUGGAUCUUUCUGUGAAUCUCCUCUCUGGGCCGAUCCCGGAGACCUUCUCGGAGCUGAAGAACCUCCGGCUACUCAGUCUCAUGUACAAUGAGAUGAGCGGGACAGUCCAGGAAGCCAUAGCCCAGCUCCCGAAGCUCGAGAGCUUCCACAUCUGGAGCAAUUCCUUCAACGGAUCCCUCCCGGAAAGCCUGGGGAGGCACUCGAAGCUCAAAGAAGUCGACGUCUCGACAAACGAAUUCACCGGCGGAAUUCCUCCCGGAAUUUGCUCCGGCGGGUCACUCUCGAGGCUGAUCAUGUUCUCCAACGGAUUCACAGGUCCAAUCGGCCCCUCCGUUUCAAACUGUUCCACCUUAAUCCGAGUCCGGCUGGAAAAUAAUUCUUUCACAGAAUUCGAAACGGCGUCAGAAACGUUAGCGCUACUAAACGUCUCGUUUAACGACGUUUCCGGUUCGAUCCCCGAAAAGUUUAGUGCCAUGGACGCCGGUCUAUUCCAGGGUAAUCCUAAAUUAUGUGGGCCGCCCUUACGGGCUUGCCAUAAUGGGCCGAUCCGAUGGACGCAAAAGUUCGCCCGGGCUCUGAUCCUCUGCGGGACGAUUAUCUCCUGCAUCACCGCCGCAAUGCUCGCCGGAGUCUAUAUGAACGGGUGGAGAACGGUGUCGUUUGACGGGCUUCACCGGUUCAGAUCAAAGGACAUUCUCGGAAGCUUAACCGACUCCCCUCCGCCGCCGGGGACGGCGCCGGGAUCGGUCUGCAAAGCGGUUCUCCCGACCGGAAUAACCGUUUCGGUCAAGAGCAUCAGGUGGGGACGGGGGAGGACGGCGAUCGCGUCGGAAUUCAUCAACCAAUUGGGGAACGCGAGGCAGAAAAACCUAGCGAGGCUAUUGGGAUUCAUGUACAGGAAGGAUGUGGCUUACCUGAUCUACGAUUACCUGCCGAACGGGAAUCUGUCGGAGAAGAUCGCCGGCGGGAAGAUGGAUUGGGAGACGAAGGUGAAGGUGGUGGCCGGAAUCGCCAGGGGACUGUGGUAUCUCCACCGCGAGUGUUUCCCUCCGAUCGCCCACGGGGAUUUGAAGGGCAGUAAGGUGGUGUUCGACGAGAAGAUGGAACCACAUUUGGUUGGAUUUGGGGUUUCUUCACUCUCUCAAUUGGACAACGUUAAUUCAGGCGAAUUAAGAGUAGUGAUCAAAGAAGAAUUGCUCUAUAAAGACAUACACAACUUUGGCCAAUUGGUUAUGGAUGUCUUAACCAAUGGCAGAGUUAGCAAAGCAGAAGUUGCAAGCACACCAACGAAACCGAAUGACGAUGAUGCCCUUCUGAAAAAAGUCCUUCGCGAGAACGAUAUCCCGUAUUCUAAUAAUCCGAUUAAGGAGGAAGUGAAGAGAGUUCUUGAUGUCGCAUUGUUCAGCAUCCGGCGUCGAGCUUCGGACAAGCCAUCAAUGCAAGAAGACCCUUUGAAGCUUCUCUCAAGCUUGAGAGUAGGAACAAGAAGAUAAGUUUACAUAAGUGUAUGAAAGGGUGUUGUUAUAUACACCUCCAUUUUAGCUAUAUCCAAUAUUUUUAUGUUAAAUGGACUAAAACUGACUUGCAUCAAAAUUCUCUCUUUUCUAUUUUUGAGGUUAAAAAUAUCCAUUUAACAUUAAUGGAGUGGAUAUAGGCAAAAUGAAGGUAGAUAUAACAACACGCUGUAUGAAAAUAUGAAGGCCAAAAUGUAUAAAAUAAGUUUUUUUGUUCAUGUUUGUAGUUGAGGCAUGUGAUUAUAUAUAUACAAGAGAAAUUUCUUUUUGAAGGCUAGAAGUUAUAAAUGAAUAUGUUGUUUUAUU